AUGGCGAAACAUGAAGACUAUUUUCUUGGAAACCCAAAGGGGCAGCAAUUCUACCGAGUGUUGGGCUUAAUUAUGACAUUCACUGCAACUGGAGAUAAAUCCUUAUGGGGAUACAGCACGCCUAAUUUAUUUAUGCGAUGUAACAGGUACUUGGUGAUAAAAGCUGCGCCCAUCACAUUCGUGUCACAGAUCGUAUAUUUAUUCCUAAACCACAAAGAGUUGACUUUCGGAACGCUAGGUAUUAUGCUUUCUAUCAUGCCUGUCACAUUUUUGGUUAACACCAACGUAUUUUCUGCAAGAUUCGACGUAUACACAAAGACAAUGAAAGAUUUUAUGACGCGCAUUCACAUUUACAACUACCAAGAUCAAGGCGAGUUUGUAAAAGAUAACCUACGAAUCAUAGAACGUUUAACACGCUGGACGUUCUAUUACCUCCUGGUGUUUCUCAUGAUGGACUGGGCCGCCUGGAUGUCCAUAACAUGUUGGAAUAACUACAAGAACAGAGAACUUAUUAGAAACAAGACCAUGCGCCUCGAAACAGUUCUUUACUUGGUUGUUCCUUUCGAUUACGAAUAUGAUUUCAACCAUUGGAUCAUGUACCAUAGCUUCACCGCGUAUUUAGUAUGGAGUGGCUGUAUCAUCAUUGUUAUUUUUAAUACUUUAAACUUCAUGUUCGUGUACCAUUUGAUUGGUCAUAUUAACAUAUUGAAGUAUAAAUUGAAAACUAGUUUCACGGGCGAAUGCAGUGAUGUGGAAGUCAGAUUGAAGCUUGUUGAUGUUAUUAAAUAUCAUUCGUUUAUUAUAAGCAUUUUCAGAGAAAUGGAGAACGCGUUUGGGCUGAACGUGACAGCGAAUUACUUUUAUAAUUUGAUUGCGGACAGCCUUCUUAUGUAUCAAGUAAUGGUUGGGGACAAAGGGAGCCUGGUGAUAUACGGGCUGAUGUUUGUGGUUUAUGUCGGGUGCCUUAUUCUCAUGUCGCUCGUACUUGAAGAAAUAAGAAGACAGAGCGACGGCUUAGCAGCUCUCGUGUACUAUUUGCCAUGGGAGAAUAUGUCUGUAUCGAACCAGAAGAUGAUCAUCAUGUUAUUAGGAAGAGUUCAGCCGCCAUUGGUGUUUAAAGCGAUGGGAGGACUUAGUGCCGGUGUAAGCCCAAUGAUAUCAAUAAUCAAAUCAACCUUCUCGUAUUACGUGAUGCUGAAAUCGGGUAUGUGA